AUGGCAGAAGAUAAACAAAUAGAAAAAAGAAGAUUAAGAAAACCAUUGAAAGGAUUAAAAAAGUGUAUUGACUUUGAUGAAAGUGUUAUUUCUAUUGAAGAGUAUAGAGAUAAAAUUAAUCCAUAUACUUAUAAUCAAUAUGAAGAAAUAAAGAAUGAUAUAUUAAAAAAAUAUAAAAAAACAACUUUAUUAGCACCAUUUAAUAUUAUAGACUAUAGAACAGAAGAAAAGAAGAAAAAUAUUAAAAGAGUAUUUAGUGAAGUUCAUACUCUUAAACAAAAAGACAAAACUAAUAAAGAGAUAAUUACUCAAUUCGUUCAUCAUUAUCAAGGAAAUUCUAGUUAUACAGAAUUUCAAAUGACUAUGUACUUAAAUGAAAAUGGAGAAUUUAAGUGGUUGCCAAAACACCAAUCUUAUUUUCUUUCAGUAGUAAAAGGGUUUUCGUUUCAAUUAGUUGUUGUAAAUGAAAUCAUUGAAUGUAUUAGUGUUUUUACACAAGACUGUAUUUGUAGCGUUAUCAACCCAACUAAUUUGUAUAUUACCUUUAAUAUUAAUAACCCCUCAAAUCAACUUAAAUGCCUUUGGACUAAAGAACAACAGAAAACAACAACAAUAUUUAAAAUUUCACAAUCAAAUAUCAAAUUCAUAUCACUUGGAGAUGGAAUAAUAACAAAUAAAAAAGAAAUAGAAAUAGGAGAAGGAGAAGAAAUUGAAGUAAAUAAAGAAAUUAGAGAAUUAAUAUGUAUUGGAAAUGAGAAGAAAGAAAAAAAGAAAAUACAAAUAAGUAGUAAAGAAGAAAAUGAAAAAUAUUCAAUUAGAACAAACCCAAAUAUCAUUACAAUUGAAGGAGGAUAUGCAUGUGAAUUUGAAAUAUUCAUUACAAUCAAAUGUACUACUAAAAUUAAAGAACAAAUAAUGAUAAUUAGUAAAACACUUAAUAAAACACAAGAAGAAAUAAUUAAAAGUAUUUCAAUUAAAGGAGAAACACAAAUAUCAACACGACUUGAUCCCGAUGAAAUAAAAGAAGAACAUAAAAUAGGAGAAGAAACAUUUGGAAUUGUAUAUAUAGGAGAAUUUAGAGGAAAUCAAGUAGCAAUUAAGAAAAUGAAACAAAUUGAAGAAAAUAAAAAUAAAAUGAAAGAAUUUGAGAAAGAAGUAAUGAUGUUAGAUAAAUUUCGAAGUGAGUAUAUUAUUCAUUUUUAUGGAGUAUUUAUUCCUAAUAAAAUAUGUAUGAUAACAGAAUAUGCAAAAUAUGGAUCAAUACAAGAUUUAAUUAAUAAAAUAACAAACACAGAAAUACCAAAUAAAAUAAGAAUUAAAUUCAUGCUAGAUGGAGCAAAAGGAAUUUCAUAUCUUCAUUCAAAUGGAAUACUACAUCGAGAUAUUAAACCAGAUAAUUUUCAUGUUAUAACAAUUGAUGAUAAUAUUGGAAUUAAUUGUAAAUUAACAGAUUUUGGAAGUUCAAGAAACAUUAAUAUGAUGAUGACAAAUAUGACAUUCACAAUUGAUAAUGAACAUCAAAAUAUAAUACACAUAAAAUAUUAA